AGAUGUGUGAAGUUGGCUGUGCGUGCUGUCACAAGCACAUCGGCAAGGGCGACUAAGAGCUUAGCUCGAGCGCUCUGCCUCCGCGGCGGGAGAGAAACGCUGCAGCUGAAAGGACAAACUGGCAGGAUCAUGACAGAGCCAAGCAGCAGAAAGGAAGGAUUUAAAAAAUGCCGGAGUGCUACUUUCAGCAUUGAUGGCUAUAGCUUUACAAUUGUUGCAAAUGAGACAGGUGACAAAAAUGCACGACCACUUUCACGAUUUGCCCGGUCUAAAUCACAGAACUGCCUGUGGAACACCAUUAUUGGUGGGCUGACCGGUAAUCUCAAAGAAAGGCCGAAGCCGACCAUCAUCAGUGACCCCAGACCUCCCGAGGAAAUCUUGGCAGAUGAACUACCACCAGUGGACAGUCCGGAAGCAUUGGUGAAAACAUCUUUCAGGUUGCGAUCGUUGGUAAAGCAGUUAGAGAGAGGGGAGGCUUCGGUUGUAGACCUAAAAAAGAAUUUGGAAUAUGCUGCUACUGUUCUUGAAUCAGUAUACAUUGAUGAAACCAGGCGUUUACUGGACACAGAAGAUGAGCUCAGUGACAUCCAGUCAGACUCGGUGCCCUCUGAGGUCCGGGACUGGUUGGCUUCUACCUUCACGCGGCAAAUGGGGAUGAUGCUGAAAAGGACUGAGGAAAAACCCCGAUUCAGGAGUAUUGUCCAUGCAGUACAAGCUGGGAUAUUUGUGGAAAGAAUGUACAGACGAACGUCAAAUAUGGUCGGCUUGAGCUACCCACCAGCUGUAAUUGGAGUGCUAAAGAAUGUAGACAAGUGGUCCUUUGAUGUAUUUGCACUAAAUGAUGCCAGUGGGGAUCAUGCACUGAAAUUCAUUUUCUAUGAACUUCUCACACGCUAUGAUCUGAUCAACCGUUUCAAGAUCCCCAUUUCUGCCCUGGUCUCCUUUGUGGAAGCUCUGGAGGUUGGGUACAGCAAACACAAAAAUCCUUAUCACAACCUAAUGCAUGCCGCAGAUGUGACACAGACGGUCCAUUACCUCCUAUUUAAGACAGGCGUAGCGCACUGGCUGACAGAGCUGGAGAUCUUUGCUAUGAUCUUCGCAGCUGCCAUCCACGACUACGAACACACUGGAACCACCAACAACUUUCACAUCCAGACACGGUCAGAUUCAGCCAUUCUAUAUAAUGACCGGUCUGUGCUUGAAAAUCACCAUGUUAGUGCAGCGUAUCGUCUUUUGCAAGAUGAUGAAGAGAUGAAUAUUUUAUCUAACCUCUCAAAGGAUGACUGGAGGGAAUUCAGGGCGCUGGUGAUUGAGAUGGUGUUGGCCACCGAUAUGUCCUGUCACUUCCAGCAAAUCAAAGCCAUGAAGAACGCUUUGCAGCAGCCAGAAGGAAUUGACAAGCCGAAAGCCUUAUCACUGUUGUUGCAUACAGCAGAUAUCAGUCAUCCAGCCAAGGCCUGGGACCUCCAUCAUCGCUGGACCAUGUCUCUGCUGGAGGAGUUCUUCAGACAGGGUGACAAAGAAGCAGAACUAGGGCUUCCCUUUUCUCCACUGUGUGACCGCAAGUCUACUAUGGUUGCUCAGUCGCAAAUAGGUUUCAUCGACUUCAUUGUGGAACCCACUUUUACUGUGCUGACUGACAUGACCGAGAAGAUUGUAACGCCGCUCAUUGAUGAAGCUUCCCGCUCCGGCCUGUCGGGGUUCAGGCGGUCCAGUCUGAACAGCAUUAGUCCCUCAGAAGUUAAAAGAUCAAGUGUCAAGAGCACUGGGUCAGAAGGAAGUGCCUCACUCAACUGCUCCAUACUCACUGUGGACUUCAAAUGUUUUAAAGCCACCUGGACUGAGGUGGUACAGCAGAACCGGGAAAAAUGGAAAGCGCAAGCCACCAAAGAAGAAAAAGCUAAGAAAGAAGCAGAGGAAAAUGCUCACCAGGGAACAGAGGAAAAGAAAACAGAAGAAAAAGAUGAGAAGAAGCCAGCAGAAGAUGCAGCAGCAGCAAAGACAGAAAAUAGCAAAGAACCAAAUGCUGGGGAAAACAAAAGUGCAGAUUCCAGUAAGAAUCAUGUAAAUGGGACUCGGCAAAUCGGGGUGAACAAACAUGAGGCCACUCAAGGGAAAAAUGCAUCUAGGACAGAUAAGGGAACGGACUCUCAUCAAGCAAUGGGAGAAGAGAAACAGCACAUCCAGAAUGGUGAAUUAAAGGAAGACAAUAAGUCAGACAAAAAAGAUCAGUCUAGUGUGGGAAAUGAAUCAAAGAAAACAGAUGAUACGGAAGAGUAAAAAAAAAAUAUAAAAAAAAAGAGACUGCAAAUUUCUUUCAUCAUUUUAGCUGAGCUUCUUCAUUCCUGUUCUCCUCCUUCCGCAAAGACCAGUUUCUGGGGAAGGCGUUAAACAACUUUCAAAACACUCCUCCUCCCACUGGCUACUUCACAAUUAAUGACUCUGGGUUCUAGGGUGGGGGCCUUGUUUUGGGCAUUGAUUUUAUUUUUAUUUGUUUGUUCAUAUGUGUGUGCAUGUGUGCAUUUUUUUGUUGUUUUGGGGAGCUUUUUGUUAAAAAAAAUCUGGUGGUUUCCUGAUGCAAAUGGUUCCAUUUUCUGGACAGGUCAAGCAAAUAGAUGAAAGUCAUCUUCAAAAGUCAGUAUUGCCCUUUGCUGUGCUUCAGCCUGUGAAACCCACAUGAAGACUGUGCAAAGAAUAUCAAAAAUCAUGGGAAAAAACUUGAUAAUACUUCACUUUUUUUUUCUUUUUCCCAAGAGUCUUUCCAACUGCCAGUAGACAGAGAAUUUGACUUAAGUUUUACCCUCGCUAUAGAAGGUUUUGUGCAUAUGCAUGGUGAAUUUGUAGCGUUAAUUGACCAUUUUUUAGGAUGUGAUGCUUUCCCUGCGUGAUACAAUGAUAGCAAAAUGUUUUUAUUUCUAAACUGCAGGUAAACUCACUCAAUCCUUGGUUUUAUUGUGUUUUUGCCGUUAGUGAAAGGAAAGAAGAAUCAACAAAAGUGGUAUUCCCUUGGGGCAAAUUUUGUUGUCAGACUCUGAGUGCAUAUACUUCUUGACGUGUCUGCCUUAACUAGAGAUUACAAAUAAUGAGUUGUUUCCCACAUUUGUUCAUGGGCUACUUGUAACCGCUCUUUGUCUGACCUGAAGAUCUAGGAAAAGAAGGGUAGCAGGGAAUCACACAGAUCAAUUCUUACUUUCAUCUCAGUGUGACAUUUCUUUCAUCACUGAUUGAAUGGACAGGCCAAAGGAAAGGAAAAACAUCACUGGAGAAGUACAGGUAGAGAAAAACAAAAUGAAACAGUGUGUCCUAAAUACACUACUGGAGUCAGUAGAUAUAACUGUGGCAUCCAGUGGAGCUAGACACAUGGAAAGAAGCCAUCAUUUUGGCCCAUUUUAAAGAGGAAAUGUUAAAAAUAUCCCCCUAAGCCCUUGAUUCAGGAAAGUAUCUUUUUUAUGAAGAGUGUUAAACAUUUAUGUAAGUGCUUUUCUGGCUUGGGAUCUCGGUAGGGAUGCAGUUAAUUAUAGGUACUUUUGCCUAUCUGUGUGGAAAUCAAGACAUGCAUAUAUACACAUACACUUGUUUUCUGCCUGACUCCCCUUUCAUUCAGGAUGCAGUCUUGCUGUGCUAAUCAUAUAUGUAUUUUACAAGGAAUUUGACUGCUGUCAUGGCUCUUCACUAUGUAGAGAACAUACAAAACAUUGGCUUAGGAAGGUAACUCAUUCUCGUGUUCAAAAGCACAGGACUUUACCACCAGCCUAUAUGAGAACUUGAGCCUCUGUUCCUGCUUAAACUGUGCAUGUACAGGGAUGAACUUCACGUAACACUAGUAAAAGUCACAGCAGUGAGCUCAGCCUAUAUCCACAUUUAAACAUGAAUACUUUCUCACUCAGGAGUGUUUGUGUCUGGGGUUUUGAUUAUUACGGCUAGAGACAUUUUGAGUUCUUUUUUUGGACACCAAAGUUUGAGUUUGUUCAAAGCCAGAUAUUUAGAUUAGGUUCAUGCUAUGAAAAGGUUGCACUUAAUUCCAUAUUUUAAGAAGGAAGACAUGCAAAAAUAGUUCUUGCAGUUCUUCUCAGAACUCACAGUUAGCUUCACUGUACUGGCUCAUUCAAAUAAAAUAAAUAGAAGGGCACAGAGUGUUCCCAUUUGUGAGCUCCUGGUUCAGUGGUAGCUCUGUGCACAUAUCCUGGGGUAGACUUACUGAGGAAAGAAACGGUGCUGAGAGGACAGUGGCUCCACAGGCAGUACAGACUGUGCUCCCUGUCAUGCACUGGGAAAAGGGCUGUGUCAUCCCACAGCGCUUUCCCACCUCCCCUUUCCACCCACCGUGAGCAUCCAGCCCCAACAAGAGCGGUAGAAUAUGAGAUCCGGCUUUGACCAGGCUCUUUAACGGGACAUUGAUGAAAUAUCACUAAUACGGAGCUAAAUACCACACUGGUGACUCAGUCCCUGAAGUGAGAGGGAACAUACCCUGAUUAGGAGCUUGGUCAGUGGAGCAGAAUUUAGUCAAUUUUUUUUUUAAGUUACCCUUAUGCAAUGUACAGUGAUUAAAAAUGCCUUAGAUCAUGCAAACUGGAAUAAUUUAAAAAUGAAAAUCUUUUUCUUCAUCUACUUCUGAUAUUUAUUUUCUUUCUUUCUGGGACUGACUCCUUUCAGAUAGUGAAGCAAGACUGCUUUGUUCAUAUCUGGUCAGUCCUUGCUUCUCAUGCACUGGCACGAAGGUGUGAAAUCAGACUGGAAAAGGCUUUUCCUUGACUGACAAAGUUAUUCACCACUAGCAGAAACUAACAAGGGAAUAUGUUGGAUUUGCCAUCCCUUGGGGCUGCAGAUCCAAACUGGAUGCUGUUCUGGAAGAGAUGCUAUAGUCAAAGAAGUUACUGAUUGCAGCACAAAGGUAUUGCAGUAAAAUGUUUUGCGAUAUACAGGUGGACAGAUCUAGCUCUAAGAUUUUCCUGCUCUCUUUAAAGUGUCUGAGUAUGGUAGAGUGGUACAACAUUUUUGAUUUAUUUUUUUAUUAUCACUUAAAAAAAAAUCCCCACGAAAUCUCUUCUGUUAGCUUGGAAUGAUAUAAAGUGCAAGCGAAAUGUAGAAAUUGAGAUCCUACAAAGAGACUAGGCCAGAUGGAAAAAUCUCUCAUGGGGUCUCUUCCUGGGAUCACACCUACAUUACUAUACUCUGAUUAUCCGCCUCCCUGGAGCACUCUGCAGCAUUGUGCUAGUGCAUCGUGAGCCAAGGAAUGGUAUGUUUAGACACCUCCCAGUUAAACUAGAGAUCAGCCACUGUGCAGUUGUGUAAAAAAAUAAUAAAAGUUAAAAAAAAUAUAUUACAGAACGGCUUUCUCUUAUUUUAUUCCACCAAAGAAAGAAAGAAAGAAAAGAAGGAUUAGGUCUGUAUCAGCUAAUGGCAUGACCUCUGUUUAUAAAGAAUAAGAAAGGAUAUCUGCUGUUACAUCCUUACCGAACUUUCCCCUGGAUGUAUAGAAAUUAUGUUUUCAGAUGCCUUCUUUUUCCAGCAUCUCUAAGACUAUCCAAGUAAGGAAUAAGCCAGAAAAACUGAAAAUAUAGGGCCAGUAAUGCUGGCCUCGUGCUGAAGUGCAGUAGACUUAUUUGGGAAUGCCUACAAGCAGGCACCACGGAGUCUUAUGGGGUCAGCGAGCACCUUAUGGAGGGAGGAAUAGACAGGGAGGUUGUGUGCCAAUGAGAUGGUACACUUCUGCCUCUGUGAGGGGACUGAAUAUGCUCUCCGAAAGCUUUGCCUUGCUGGAUGAGCACCAGACAACUUUUACUCCCCAGAAAGUGUUGUCUAAUGUAGGAAGGAGAAUCCAGACACUUUACCCCCUUAAAAUAGGGAGGGCUGUCAUUGGAAGUAUCCCUGCCGAUGUUUUCUCCUUUAGCUGGAACUGGUCUUGAGGGAUUUAGCAGCCCUCUCUCUCAUGGUGAUUUAGCACUUGAGCUCCUGACUACACGAUAAUUAAAAAAAAAGGAAGCAAUAUGUCAUUAUCCUGGUCAUUACUUAAAUGACUCAAAGGGUGACAGGUUCUCUGGUCUGCACUCAAGCAGUGAUUUAAACUGUGUGUUUCUGCGACAACAGUCAAGAAGUGUUCACACAUAUGAAAAAAAGGAUUUGUUUAUUUUGAGCUUUUUAGAUUAUAAUGGCUGUGAGGCACCCUUUCAAAAUCAAGUACUUAUGCACACCAGCUUUCCUUGCAAGCUACACAACUUCUUUUGUCUAAGUUAUGUAGUCAGAUUUCUGCAUUUCCUUAUAAAAAGGUGAUAUCACUGUUGCUUUCAAUGUUAGGGAAAAAGUAUAGUUGCCAUAAAUCAACUUUUUUGCUGCAGAGGCAAUAAAUAGGCAGGUGAUUAAAAAAAAUUUUAAAAAAGCUUUGCUAUUUUAGGCUUAAAACAUACUUCAAAGUAGUCAGUCUAAGCAGACUGAUACUCACCUACAAGUGCAGCCUUUUAUGUAGCUUCAGCUGCUAUAUUUUCAUACAGUAGGAUGUAUAGUAGCAAAACAAACCUGGAAUUUGGGAGCCUGGUUCUGCACUGGUGAAUGGAAGAGGCAGAUUCCUCUUUCUCACUGCAUUGUUUCUUGGACAUAAAUUGGUGGUUGGAAAGAAACUUUCCAAAAUGUAGUUGCUUAUGUCAGAGAAAAAUGUUUUUUACCACAUACCAUUUGAAUACACAGUGUUUGAAUAUGCACAAAGGUCAUACAUGCUCAAUCUAGAAGCAAAAACAGUUCGAACUAGACAGUUUUUAGUACGGUAGAGAAAGCUGCUUUGUAAUCAGGAGAUCCAUGAGCUCACCUAGUUAAAGGGAACAGCAAACACUUUCAUUGCUUGUCCUUGCAGAUUCUACAGUGGAUCUCAGACCUGUUUUUUAAUUAAAAAACACGAUAAUCCAUUCAGAUUAGAAAUAGUGAAAACUGACUAGGAAAGUACUUUUAUGGCCUCGGCUAGAAUCAACUAGUCUAUCUCCAGGAACUCACGGGAUGGUCUUAAAUAUUUCUUAUUGGCUCAUUUUUCCUCAGAGAUCAUUUUGUAAUAAUGAAACUUAUCCUCUGCUGAUCUAUAUGUCAGCCAUUUAUACUCAGCAAAUGACAGCACAAUCAAAUCCUUUUCUUUUAAUCUACCACCUCAUCCAAUAAUUAAAAGCAAAAAAAGAAUGACCCUGUGAUUUCCUGUGUGUUGAGCCAGUGCCGAUCUCAGGGGUGUGCUGGUGCGAUGUCCGAAAGCCAGCAUGCAAAUCUGGUAACACCCCAGCUGAUGCUGUUAAAGAGCCUGGAUUAUGUUAUAUAGACUCCAUGCAAAUUGCUGGGGAGAGCAGCCAUCACUGCUGGCCAGGUAGAAGGGAGAAAAAAAUCACAUUUUUCACGUUUUUAAGGCACAAUUUCUUCUCUCACUGAGGAGGGUAAAGAAGCUUAUCCCACAGCAUCAGCAGGUCUGCCUCAGUCUCAGAUUAACAUCAGGUGUAUGUCCUACACUUGAUGUGGGCAGACGAGUUUUGUAAUCCCGAGCACCCCUUUCCCUGCCUGAUUGCUGUAGUCAAAGAAUAAUCAUAGCACAUGACCACUGCUGAUGACACUUUUCUGUUAAAAUGAAAUGUGGUCCAUGCGUUUCCAUUUGCUGACUCCAUCUUUUCUCCUUAUGUUUCAAUUUCCUUUUUUUCCUGAACAAACAUAGAGAUCUCUGAUCUGUACCCAAGCAUGAUUGUGACGUUAUCAGCCCUAUGCUUCUCUUAGAGGCACGAGCUCUCUGCUCUGGUGAGUCGAGCAGAGGGUGGAAAAAAUGGAGCUACUUCCACACAAACUAGCUCAGGACUCAAAGCAACGAAGGCCUCCCAGUCCAGAGCCCAGUCUCAGCUAAUUUGCUUUGCUAUCUAAGCACACAACAGCACUCACUCACAAGCCUCACAGCACGUUCUUGGCAUUUUGCAUUCUUUUGAUUGCUUCCCAGUGCAUGUGUAUAGGCUGUGGCGUUCUUGUAACCCCCAGUUUUAGAAGCUAUCCAGUGGCAGGAGGAAUACAUGUAAUCCCAUUGUCUCUGCUGGUGGUUGUAGGAGUGCAUGUAGCAAACAGAAUUACUUAUGGCCAUUGAGGUUUUCUAGUGAUGAAACCUAGCAGUAGAAUGGCAGAGUGGACAUUUUCCUUUUCUUCUUGCUUGGAUGAUAUUUUUAUACAAUUUUAUAUGCAAUUUUUUUAAAUAUUUGCUAUUUUUAUUGUAGGGUUCUGGUUGGGGUUUUACCAGAACUUCUGGUUGUCUACAGGCCCAGAUUCUCACAGGAAUAUUUUCCUUCCCUUUCCUCCUCCCCCUUCUUCCUCUCUAGGCAAAAGCCAUUGCAUUUGCAACAUCAGCUUACAGCAAAAUAACACCUAGGGCCUGAUCACUCUUUUAGUUGCACUGAAAUCGAAGGAAGUUGCAUGCAAAGUCUUGCUAGUCCCACUGCAGCAUCUGGGGCCAAAGGCUAAAUAACCGAAAUAUGUGUAUCUUGUUAAAUGCAGGACAGUCCUGUGUAAAGCCAAUGCAUCAGGGUAGUGCUGUCUUCCUUUGCUGUGGUAGGAGCUGCUUCCACCACAAUAUAUCUAAAUAAGAAAAAUCUCUCUCUGUUACUACAAUGCUACUUUUUGCAGCCACUUUAGCGAGUAGGCACUUCUAACAAAGGCAUAUGUUGGUGCACUGGCUACCUUCAGCAGGGAGGAAGGGUGAACAUUAUGGCUUACCUGUGACAGUAGAUUUCACUGCUCUUUACUUAUAUGUACAUAGUGACAGGUCCUAAUGAAGCUAAGGAAUGUUAAACCUAUUCGUAAGGGGGAUAAGGGGAAAUUAACCAAAUUCAAGGAUCUUGGUCUUGUAAAAUAACUUUUCCUCAGCUGGCAUUCUGCAGGGAAUUCUAUGUAUGAAGUUGAACAUAAACUUUAGAGUAUGUUUUUAUUAGCAGAACUGAUAAUGGAGAUGUCUUUCUUGAACUGAACUAAAGCAAACAAUAUACACCUGUUCUCUAACAUUUUUCAAGGAAGCAAGAGGCAGGUUAUUGUACUAUUUUGCGCCAGGGGAUGGAAAACAAAUCAAAAUCCAUUUUGAAAGCAAAAUUCAAUGCAAGUUUGCUCUUGGGACUGGGUGGGUAGGGUAUCCAAAAAACCUAUUUGGUUUGUAAAGACUCAUUAAGGAAAAAAAAAUGCAAAACUGAUAUGAAUCAUGCCAUGUAAUGCCAAGUAUUCUCAACUGUUCUGAGAAUAAUUUUAAACAGUAUAUAUUUAUUGUCAAUUUCUUAUUUGAAAGAAGAGGCUUGUGGUCUCUAAAUGUAUAAAACAUUUUUCAGCAUUCCAGUUCUUCUGUAACUGAGUCCAUGUAUGUU